AUGUCGCACGAGGUUGUUGUUCUCAUUACGGGGGCGAACAGAGGAAUUGGAAACGCUCUUGUGUCCAAGUACCUAGCGAGACCAAAACAUAUUGUAGUCGCCGGCCUCCGUGACCCAGACAGCGCUUCGUCAAGAAAUAUCCGGACAUUACCGCAUGGUAUGGAAAGUCAAGUAAUACUGGUCAAGCUGGACAGCACCUCGGAGACGGAUGCGAGAGCGGCUGUAGAGACACUGACAUCCAAACACAGCCUAACAAAGCUCGACAUUGUCAUUGCAAAUGCCGGUGUUUCAAAGUACUUUGGAAAGGCCCUAGUGACACCGGCAAAGGAAAUGUCCGAUCACUUCGUCGUCAACACUAUCGCGCCGUUACUGUUAUUUCAGGCUACCGAUACUCUUCUCAAGGCAGCACCAGCGCCGAGAUUCGUGGUCGUCUCAUCCGGUGCAGGGAGUCUUAGCCAGGUGGUGAAGCUUCCGGUGGAGAAUACCGCUUACGGCGCGUCUAAAGCCGCUGUCAAUUUUGUCAGCUGUAGGAUUCACUAUGAAAACCCAUAUCUGACUGCAUUUGCCCUCAACCCGGGCUGGCUCCAAACGGAGUUAGGAAAUCAUGCUGCAAGGGGAGCAGGGAUGGCGGCUGCACCUGUAUUUGUGGAAGAUGGGGUAAACGGGAUGAUCGAGCAAAUCGACAAGGCGACGAGAGAAGGAUCAUCUGGGAAAUUCUUGUCAUUCAAUGGCGAAGAAAUCCCUUGGUAAAUAUGACUAAUUGUAGACGCGCCACCUGCCGGACG